AUGGCGCAUAAAAAAGGUGGUGGUAGCACAAAAAAUGGUCGUGACUCUGUCUCUAAACGGCUUGGAGUAAAGGUUUUUGGAGGCGAACACAUAAAUGGUGGCGGCAUCAUUGUGCGACAGCGAGGAACCACGUUUCAUCCAGGCCAUGGUGGGGCUGGAUCUGUGAGUUUUAGGAGGGAGAAAUACAUUCCUAGAGGCGGUCCAGAUGGUGGCAAUGGGGGAAGAGGAGGGGAUGUUAUUAUCCGAUGCUCGGCCCAUGAGCGUACCCUUAGAAAACUACGUAUCAAAAAAACAUAUUCAGCAG